AUGGCCCGCCAUCAUGUCCAUCCGACGGCGACAGUCGGUGAACUGGGAAACCAGCAAGUUCUCAACAUUACAUCAGAGCUUUCGAAUAUGAAGAUCGAGAACGACUUACGGCGAGAAAUAUUGGACAAUAUCCGGCGAUUGAAAGACAUUGGAACAACCCGAGGGAAACGGCAUGCACUGGGCUUACCCGUCCGGGGCCAGAAGACAAGGAGCCAGAUCAAAACUGCCAUCAAACUCAAUCGUCUGGAACGGAGGUUAUAG